ACGUGUGACGUAGUGGCGGCGGCCCCGCGUGUUUCAGCUAGUGGAGGCGGUCUGAGCUGUGGGUUUGGAAACUACGUGGGACCGUGAGCUGUCUUGGCCGCCUACGGCGCGUGGUUUUUUGGGCUUACGCCGCUGACUCUGUUGUCUCCGCUCCACCCAGUCCCGGGAGAGGGAAGCGCAGGGGGAGGCUCUGUGGGGACAGAGCUGGAGCCCCUGAAGGGGAAGGGAGCAGCCGGGGUUGGGGGGCGUGGAGCGCCUGCGUGCAGGGCUGCAGCCCAGAAUUGGGGAGCAAUCGAGAGGGGAGGUUCGCCAUAGGCAGGGUCCGCCCCAGCCGGGAUCGGGGCUGGUCCCGAGGAAGGCCUGGGGCAGCCGCGCGAUGUUUGGGGCCCGGUACCUGAUCCGAGCCCUGCGCCCCUGUUCCUCCGCUCCCUGCCCGAGACACAAACCUUCAGCCAGACUGAGCGUGCGGGAUGCUCUCGGGGCCCAGAACACGAAAGGGGAGCGCGUUAAGGUCCAGGGAUGGAUUCGUUCAGUCCGAUCCCAGAAGGAAGUCUUGUUCCUGCAUAUAAAUGAUGGAUCGUCUUUGGAAAGCCUUCAGGUUGUAGCAGAUUCAAGCUUUGACAGUAGAGAACUGGCUUUUGGGAGUUCUGUGGAAGUUCAAGGGCAGCUGGUAAAAAGUCCAUCCAAAAAGCAAGAUGUGGAACUGAAGGCAGAAAAAAUUGAAGUUGUUGGAAAUUGCGAUGCCAAGGCUUUCCCUUUUAAAUAUAAGGAGAGGCAUCCUCUGGAGUAUCUGAGACAAUAUCCUCACCUUCGGUGUAGAACUAAUGCUCUGGGUUCUAUACUGAGGGUUCGCAGUGAAGCCACAGCUGCUAUUCAUUCUUUCUUUAAGGACAGUGGCUUUGUGCAUAUUCAUACUCCAAUAAUCACAUCCAAUGACUGUGAGGGGGCUGGAGAAUUGUUCCAAGUUGAACCUUCAAGCAAAAUUAAGGUGCCUGAGAAGAAUUUCUUCAAUGUUCCUGCUUUCUUAACUGUUUCGGGACAACUUCACCUAGAAGUGAUGUCAGGAGCUUUUACUCAAGUGUUUACCUUUGGUCCAACAUUCCGAGCAGAGAAUUCUCAGAGCCGGAGACACCUGGCAGAGUUUUAUAUGGUAGAAGCAGAGAUUUCUUUUGUUGAGAGUCUUCAAGAUCUCAUGCAGGUUAUGGAGGGACUCUUCAAGACUGCAACAAUGACGGUUCUCUCAAACUGUCCUGAAGAUGUUGAACUCUGUCACAAGUUCAUAGCUCCUGGCCAAAAGGACAGAUUAGAACAUAUGCUAAAAAACAACUUUUUAAUCAUUUCUUAUACGGAAGCAAUAGAGAUCUUAAAGCAGGCAUCUCAGAACUUCACCUUCACCCCAGAGUGGGGUGUUGAUCUACAUACCGAACAUGAAAAGUACCUGGUGAAGCACUGUGGCAACAUACCAGUCUUUGUCAUUAAUUAUCCAUUAGCACUCAAGCCUUUCUACAUGAGAGAUAAUGAAGAUGGCCCUCAGCACACAGUUGCUGCUGCUGAUCUUCUGGUUCCUGGAGUUGGAGAGCUCUUUGGAGGAAGCCUCAGAGAGGAACGGUUCCACCUUUUGGAGCAGCGACUGGCCAGAUCAGGACUAACAGAAGCCUACCAAUGGUAUCUGGACCUCCGUCGAUUUGGAUCUGUUCCCCACGGAGGUUUUGGGAUGGGAUUUGAACGCUAUCUGCAGUGCGUCUUGGGAAUUGACAAUAUCAAAGAUGUUAUCCCUUUUCCAAGAUUUACUCAUUCAUGUAUUCUAUAGCCGGAAGCCUGGUUAAGGAAAAUCACCCCAUGCAAGAGGUACUGCACAUGAAUAUGCAUAUAGGAGAAUGCAUGUUUGAAUUUUAGAAAUGGAGAAGUUUUCGGUAUGUGACUGUCAUGCCAUAAGGUAGAGCAUAUGAAAAAUAGAAGUGGUCAUAAUUUUCUUAGAAAGUUGAGAGCAUUUCACGGAAAGAUGAACUCCCUCAAAAAGAGGUACUUGUGGCAGGUAGAAUCUCAAAUCUGUUAUGUCAGUUAAGAAGGAAUGAAAAGACUGAACUGUGGUCUCAGAGUCCUUUCAAACUCUCAAGACAGGAUGAGAUAGUGUAUUUUAAUUUGUCUUUAGUCAUUAGAUCACUGCCCUGUGUGGCCUUUGAGAACCACUAGUAGCGAAAAAGAAAAUGUUGGAUCUUUUUUCAUGUGCCAUUUAACCUAUGAUAAAUGCCCAUCUUAUUUUCAUCACUUUACUAGACAUCACAGAAGAAAAUAUUCCUUUCAGGGUCCUAACUGAGUUAAUAAAGUUACUAUUCUGGGAAUUGAAAUCUUCUUUCAUCAGACUGGGUGAAAAAAGUGACAUUUAAUAACUGUUGAUCUUUAAUUAUAAAAGCGAAUGAGAUGCAUUAAUUAUCUAAACUAAUGACUGUUAUAAUUUGUUUAUAGUAGCUGUUUAUAACUUCUCUAAUAAUCAAUAAAAUAGAUUUUUGAUACCUAUGAAAGAAAAAUACAUUUUUAAAUUCCAAUUUAAAUUUAAAUUUAAAUUUAAAUUUGGAAGAAAGGUAUUUUCAAUGCAAGAUGAGGAUGCCAAUAUAGCUAAACUUAAAGGAUGGGUAAUUCUGGACUCAAAAAGUAACAUCAUCUAUUAGAGUUUUUGAGAGGAUUGCUCAUUUGGGAGUUUGAGACCUGACAAUUGUAGCACUUUAUGCGUAUGAUUUUGGACAAGCCACUUAACUCUGUAUGAGUUCAUACGUCAUUUUCCUCAGAGUUGAUAUAACAGUUACAUGAAAGUGUUGUGUGUGUGUGUUUAAAACUGUGAAAUGCUACGCAAAUUGUUUUUAAUUCUUUUAGUCUUCAUUAAGUUACAUAUCUAUGACUUACAGCAAAGUUGUAUACUCAGUAGAGUUUGUAUGUAUCAAAUAAGGGUAAACGGCAUGCAUGCCUACAUAAUCAAUUUUCUGUGUCUCAUUAGAUAAUUUAUCUUAGUUUAUUUCCUAAUGAGUGUGUAUGUGCACUUUAUUUCAUCCUAACUCAAAGCAAACAACUGAAAAUAACUGCAGAACCUUAGAGCUGGAAAUCACAGAAGUCACUGAGAUGUUCUCAUGACCAAACUUCUGCCGGAUGCAGAGAGAUCCUAUACACCUGGGCAGCCUCUUCUUGGCAAGGUGCUCGGUAUCCCACCAAAGAGCUCAUUCCGUUUCUGCAUCUCCCUAAUUGGUAGCAUUUGCUGAGCUAAAAUCUACUUCCCUAGAACUUUCAUAGCCUGGGCUUCGAUACCAAGUUUAGGACAGGACAAAAGAGGUAAUUAGGGCUUUCAUAAAGCUUGCCUCAAUCAUGGGUUAGAGAGAUAAAUUCAUUUGUUUGUUCAACAAAUAUUAUUUGAGCUUAUUCUAUAUGCCAAGAACUGUGCUAGGUGCUAAAUAAAUGAUAGUGAACAAAACAGAAAUGACCCCUGCCUUCAUGGAAUCUAUAGUCUGUUAGAAAAGAUACACAAUCAGUAAGCAAACAAACAUAUUAUUUCAAAAUAUGACAUAAGCUAUAAAAUUUUAUAAAGAGCAGGGCAAGCAUAGAUAAGCUUGCUAGAGAAGGCAUCUCUGAAAAGGUGAUCUUUAACCUUAGGCCUGGGAGAUAAAUGCAGAAACCAUUCUAAAACAUUCUCAGCAUCAGUAUUGAUUUGACAUUCAGGUCUUAAUACUGUAUUAAUUUUGUGGAGUGAGAAUCACAAACACAGGCCCCCAACCCGGAGGCACUAAUAUUUUCCAAGGCUAUCAGGAAUCAUGUCUCCAGCAAUUCUUGAGGAACCAGCUAGAAUUCUAAUGUCAACGUGAUGGUGGGGUCUCCUAAAUAACAGUGGUGCAAAAAAUAGUGAAUCAGGAAAACCCCAGGUUCCUAUCCCAUGCCACCACCGAUGUAGCUGUGGAGCACUGGUAAGCAAGACCAUCUUUGUGCCCUCCAGUUAUGUCACCUGCGGAACUGUCCUUCCCAAGUGCAUCAACUCCAAGGAUUCUUCUUCUGUCUCUUGAUCCUUCAGGAAUCUGUGCUGGAGAUAGUCACUAAAAAUAAUUGAUUUAGAGUCUAACAUUUACAUUUUAUUUUAGUACACAUUAGGUCUCCGAAAAUGUACCAUGAAAUCAAAUCACUAAAAGUCUUACAAUAGACUUGUGUGUUCCUUGUGUGUGUAUGUGGGGUGGGAGAACGUUCUUCUCAAAUAAACCUUGUUCCCUGCCUUUUUGAUAGUCUUCAGCAGUGUAUUUCCCAACUUUCAUACUUAUUCAUUCUUUUCCUCUACAUUUGACCACACAAUGAGUAUCUAGUUGAACCAAACACUUGCCACUCAUAAGAAGCCUAAAAAUUUACAUCUUUGGCUCAAUAUUUUUAUUUUACCAAUAAUUGAACAACAACAAAUACUGGUGUCAGACAAAGAUGAUGAAAAUGCCAAAACUAAGCAGCAACAGCAGGAAAAAAAACUUUAAAAUGUCCAUUUGUCAGCUAGUAUGUGAAUAUUGAAAUUCUAUGGAUAAGCAGCAUCGUAUAAUUGUGUGUAUAAUGAAUAGAAGUGUAGAUUUCAUAGUUGAGGACUGCCUGUACUAUAAUAAUAUUCUUAUAGGACUUAAUUUGUGAGAGAAAAGGUGAUUUGAGGGUGUUAAUUUUUAUUUGAGUAACCAGUUUCCAAUGAGGGAAAAAUCUGAUUUUCUGUUUUCCCAAGACUUCCAAACAUCUCAAAAUAAUAACCCCAGCCACCCAAGAAAGGGUGUAUUUUGAAACUUAGAAAUGGUUUUUCCAUCAUUAAUUUCCAUUCUCAUUUCAAAUUUUGAAGUAGGUGGAGAAAAAUAGUUACUUUCCAUCUGGCUGUCCUCUUGCCUGGGGAAGUUGUGCUGUCUUUUUUUUUUUUUUUUCUUUUUUAGUCUGACAAGAACUUAAUUGUGUGAGUGAUCCAUUCCAGAUCUAGACAUAACUCUCCCACCCUCUGACCCAGCCCAGAGACUGACUAUCACAGAACAGCAGAGGAACUGUUUGACCUUUUGUCCCUCUCAAACAGGAUCUGCCAGAAGCGCCCCUCUACAAUGUUAUACAUUCAUACUCUCUAUAAAUUGAAUCUAGACAUUCGGGCAUGACUGAACAGGCACUGAAGAUGCAAUUGGUGAGAUGGAUUAACUCUACUCUUCUUUAAAUCUCUUGUUUCAGAUAAUUAUAGAUGAAAGAUGCUUAUUUGGAUUGGAUUGCUAUUUAUUCAUAUAUUUAUUUUAGUAAGUGGUGAGGCAAGAACAUAAAAACGCAGAGUUGAAAGACAGAUUGGCCUGGAUUGAAUUGAUAAGAAAUGUGUGGAGCUUUUUUGGCUUCAGAUCAAUAUUUGUAUUCAGUCUGCAAUCUAAAGUAUGUAUAAUAAAAAGAAAACAGGUGGGAGUAAUAUCUGAUUGUAGUUUCUUCCCAGUGUAUAGGCCAAAUUAAAAGAAAAAGCAUUAAGGACAGAAAAUAACCUUAAUCACCCGACACCAAAAUGAUUAAUAGGACUUAGCAUAAGAUCUUAUUAGAUCAUGGUCAGCACGCCUCUAGAAACCUAGACAUUCUGCCGUUACUAGGAGCCCUGGGUUGCCCUUCUGAUCAGCUAAGGCUACAGUUAGCUCUUAUGCAGUUUGGUUUGAAGUCCAGUGAAUUUACAGCCAUUAUUAGCACACCGUGUGGGAGUUCCUAGGGGAACUUUGUGAAGAAGUCAGGAGUUUAGGUGGUUCCUAAACUGUCAUUCAGGCAGCUAUUGAAUUAACAUAGCUCAUGACUCUUCAGUAACUUUAUGCUACUUCUUUACUGCUCAUAAUUGUUAUCAUUUGAACGUUGCUUUACAGUUUACAAAAUGGUCUGACGUAUUCACAGUGUAUUAUAGGCCUUGUUCUUUUGUAGCCUACUAUGCUUCAAAUUCAUUUGAUUUAAUAAAAGAUUUUUUUGUUACAAAGAUUGGUUAUUAGAAUUCCUAAUAUCAAGGAAGAGUAAGACUGCAAAUAAAGUUCACCACUCUUAGCCUCCAGAGAAACUGAAAACCCAGAGCUUUGUAGUAACCAAAGAGUUUUGCAUCUUCAGCCCCAGAGUUUAGUGGACGUGUUGCAAAACACACACUUUGGCCUCUGAUGUCCUUGUUUUGCACAAGGAGAAGAGACUUAAGAGUGUGCAGGGAAAUGACGAUUGAGUUCAAAUGCAUUCUAGUAAAGAGAAACACUGAUAAUGGAAUAUAGAGCCCUGGACCCAGCGGUGUACUUAAGCUUGCUAUGCCUCAUUUUUUUUUUUUUAUGAGUUUAUAUUCCUAUUUGCCUUACCUUCCUCUUAGGAACAUCCUAGUAUAUACAUAGAAAGACAGAUGAAAGAACUUUGGUGGGGAUUAUUAAUAUCCUCCCCCAAAGUGAUUAACCUUUGAUAUGUCAGGAUGAUGCUCUGAGAAUAGAAAUGUGGUAGGCCCAUCCAGCAGAGGUUUUUCAUGCUACACAUACACAUAGAAACAGCUAGAAGUGUGUUUUGCAGAACCUGGGCUAUUUGCAGCUGUGAAUCUCUGACUUAUAACCUCUGCACACUGGCUCAACAAUAACCGCUUUGCUGUUUUCGUAGGAUCCUGGAUUUGAAAAAUCUCCUAGAGAUCUUAUUUCUUCCCCUGUCUGUGAUGUAUAAACUAUCCUCUCCUGUAUUUUCCCAGCUCCUGGUAGUUCACCCCCUCACUAUCCCUUAGGUGAAUAGGAGCUCUCCACCUAAGAGAGAACUUUUCCUAUCCUUGGAGAACUCUGACCUGAUAUUACCAAAACCUGUGUAAUAAGUUAGAAACACAGCAACACCAUUUCUUCUCCCCAGCCUUCUCCAGGAUACAAUCUCUGAAGCUGCUCAGAUGGACAGUCUGCCCUUCUCUGAAGGGCUGCACCCCACUAGGGUUAUUCAUCAGGCGGUGGAUCCUGAAAAUGGGCCUUUCUCUUGGCAAAAAGGCUUCCCUCCACUGUCCACUCAGCCACUACCCAAGUAUCCUAGGAUACGAAUCUUGAUAUUAGAAGAGCUUCAAAGUCUCCAGUGCCUCCUUGCCGGCUGUCUUACAGCCUGGAGAGGUGUAAUAACUGCUGAGGAGUCCUAACUACAGUUUCAGAAUGUUCAGGGCAGUCCCAACCCCCUUCAUUUGAGGAUCGCAGAAAUCGAUUUGGGACAUAUACACAUUGGUUGUUGGAGAACAAUACAUUUUUUCACUGAAGAUUCCCACCAAUUCACAUUUUCUUUGCAGUGCCCCGAAAGGCAGGAACUCAUUCCUGUACAGUUAGGAUACAGUGAUCUCUUUAAGUGUAAUUUCCAUCUUCCACACUCUGCACUACAGGUUUUCACAUCAGGAAACUGUUGGGUCAGGUUCCUGCCAGAAAAUGUGCUAGAUGUUCAGUGUCUUGGGAAGGGUAUUAGACAUAGAGGGAAAAGACUCUGAUUUAAGUCUUGACGUUCUACUUUUGAGCUGUGGGACCUUGAGAAAUUUAUUUCAUGGGUUUGAAUAGGCAUCUGCAGAAUGAGGGUAGUCCUUAUCGUACAAAGUAUUAUGAGAAACAAGGCUGUGUAAAAGGGUUUCAUAAACUGCACAAAUAGAAGAUCUCCUGAGAGAAACCUUUUCAAAACUCAAAAUCUGUAUGAACUAAGAUGUUUAUUGCAUGUUAAGUGAAAUAUUUUAUAGCCGUUAAAAUUAUAGAAAAAGUGUUAAAAUGUUAAAUUGUUGUUUGCAGUUACAAUACUGUAAAAUCUGUGUGUGUGGACUAGAAGCAUCUGGGGAAAAAAUGAGAUCAGCUUUUUCAGGGCAGUGGAACUGAGUACCUUUUUCUUUCAAAACCUCAUUGGUGUUACUCAGUUCAGUAAACUUCCUGAGCACUCACUGUGCCAGGUCCAGUGCUAGACUCUGCAAAGACAGAGAUAAAUAGGACAUGCUCCUUGCCUCAGGGACUCCCUUGCGUGCAGUCUUUGUGCACUGUGAAUAAGAAUCACCUGGGGAGCUUAUUAAAAAAUUCAGAUUACAUUGGUCCUACCCUAGAAAGUCUGAUUCAGUAGAUGGAACAGCCCACAGUUUGCGUUUCUGAAACAGUCACCCUGGGUGAUCCUAAUGUAGGUGGUUUAAUUCCACUCUGUGAGAAAGCUUCAGUGAGGUUUUAAUAUUUUUACAGUAAAAGAUAAUAAUUACACAAAUCUGCUCAUUGAAGAACAUACUAUGUUGGAUUGUUCUGCCUGCACCUUUGAGCUGGUUUUUAUCCCUCUGUUUCAAGGAGGGGAAGCCAGCCCACAGAGUGAUCUUACUCUCAAACCCGUGUCGCAUGAAGCCUACCACACCUCUUGACCUAGGAUCUCUUCCUCCCUUUCUUGUCCACUACCUCACCCGUGUUGUUGUUUUUUUUUUUUCUCCUAUGCUUGUGUUUCUCUGCCACUCUGAUUCCUCCUAUGCCCAGUAAUAUAUCAACAUCCAGAUUUUUCCCCUUCAUUUCUCCAACUUACUCCCCAACCAGGUAUGUCAAUUUUACUGAAACAAGCAAACAUAUCUGCUUUACUAAGUUGUUCUGGAAGGCUCUUAUGUAUAUGGUUAAUGUUUUUCAAAAACUUAGAAGUGGUCUAUUCAUUGAUCAGCAAGCACAAAGUUAUCAUAUGUGGAAACUUUCAUGUUUUGGUGCUUGACUGUCAUUUAGCUCUUGAUUAGCUUUCUUCCAGUGAGUUAGCAGCCCUCAAAGGAUUCCUGUCUUGCCAAUCGAGUUAGAGUAUACCCUGCAUUCUGAUGCAGCACGACUUGUCUCCACAUGCCUCUGAAUAGGCUCGGGUGGCUUUCUGAGUCUACACACCUGUCACCUCUCAGUCACCCAGAAUCAAAAUAUUACAACUCUAAUCACACUGUCUGAGGCUGCGAGGCUUUAUUUCAAGAGGGGUGACAUUCUAAAAUGCAGCUAGGAUUUCUACAUUUUCACAUGUUUAUAUUACUUGUACUUCAAGAUACCAAUGGUUGGACAGUGGCUUCCAGACUCACUCCUUUCAUUAUGCUCCUUCAGAACCAUAUACAAAUACUGGCCAUCUUAAACUGUCAUUUGUCUUCUGUGCCAGAACAAAAGCUCUGUAACACAGAGGAGACUGCAUCCAUCUUUUUAUCUGCAAUGCCUUGGAGAGUAUCUGGCACAUAGUGGGUACUGAUUAAAUAACUCUUAAAUGAAUUAGGUGUCAUUGAGGUGUCCAAAAACAAAAGAGGAAAUAUGUCCAUCAGACCAAAGGAAAAUAUUCCUUAAAAAGUAAUUCCCAAACUGGCUUUUCCCUCUUUCUGUGUCUGAACUAUUUCAUAAAUUUUUAAACUAGCCCUUUCAGCUUAAAAAUCCAAGUCUGGAGCCACUGCCUGAACAUAGAACAAAGAGUCAGGAGUCAAAAGUAUUUAUGAGUGCAGUUAGUAACUUGUCCUUAGGAGCUGUUACUGAAGCUGAGUUUCUAGGGCAUGGUAACUUAAUAGACUUCUCAAGAACAUUGCUCUGCGGUUCAUCAUUAUAUAACCAGCACCUAGCCACGUGCCGUGCACACAGUAGGUGCUCAGUAAAGAAUGAAUGAAUGUAUUUGAUUGAUGGAAGAAAUUCGGAAGCAAAUACCAGAUGAACUUAGAGUUGCUUAGAUUUUCAGUUAGUGUUCUCUGCCUUGCUUUCCAAAUCUAGACAGGCUUCUUGCCUCCAAAUUGAAGUAGCUUACGUCAUUAGUUCAGCAAAUGUUAAUGCUAACUCUGUGUGUCCCUCUGUGGGGCACCCCAAAACAAGUAAAACCUAAGAUCUUACAGUUUCAGUUCCCGUACAGCUGGUUGAUAAUUCCUCUGGCUCCACCAUCCUUUGAACAUACCUCUAUUAUAACAACAUUGCCCACAUGCUGCUAUAGACAUCUGCCUACCUAUUUCUCUCCCCAGAAAGACCCUGAACUUCUUAAGACCCUGGUCUUACUCAUCUCUGUGUUCCUAUGCUGAACCUGUAGUAGGUUCUAAGAAAAUCUUCUUUGAGAAUUUAACAAGGACAUAAAUGACCUUUCCUAAGUAACAUGUAUUUGGAUAUGUAGUUUGUAUUUGGAUAAAAGUAUAUGCCUUUCUAAGUGUUUUCAGAGUUUCAAAUGAUAGGUAGUGGCCACGUCCUGAAUGAAACAAGAUUGGUUUUCUUGCCUCUCUUAAAUACUUUUAGAGGUGGCUUAGUUAUCAAACCCAUUCCUCCUCUGAGAAUUCCCCCCACCCCAUCCUAGCCAAUGGAUUCCCAGCAGACAUACUGGGGACAGGAGCUUCCCUUGCUGAUUGGAUGAGGGGUGGACACCUGACCAAAAUGGGCCAGUCUCAUUUUCUCUCAGAAAAAUGGGGUUAAGAACACUAGAGAGUCUGGUGGUUGCUUGAACCAGGAAUAUGUAAAUUUAGGAGAUGUAGGCCAACCAUGUGCCUCAAGAAACAGAGAAGGCAGUCUGCAGAAAGAAAGAAAGGCACAUGCUCAGAGAUGAAAAACCAUAUGGUCUGUGAGAGAGACAGACACACAUAUACAGACUGGCAGCCUAGUUUUUGCUAUAUUUAGUCCUCAGUUGCCAACCUUCCUGAGGCUAGAUUAUUCAACUUUUUCUUGUGUUCCAUGGGAGAUGCCUCAUUUUCUUACCAAUAAAUUCCCUCUUUGGGCUUAAGCAAAUUUAAAACAGUUAUCUGCUUUUACAACUGAAAAGAAAACAUUAAUACACUAUCUGACUUAUGGAAAGAAUUGUCAUUACUUUUUUUGAUUUGUAGUCUCAUUACCUUUUAGUCAUACCCACAUAUUAUCCCAGAAUAUAUGCUAAUCAGGAAAUUAUGUAGAUGAGAAAUUCCUGAUAAAUAAAAUGCCAUAGGAGGGUAGGUGACUUCUUUGCUUUUCAAGUUUCUUGAUUCCCUAAGUCAUAAAAACAGAAAACAUGAAUGGAGAGGCUUUUUUACAGAGAGGAUUGGACAAAUAUCAGACCUUU